GUCCUUACGAGGUUGUGAUACUUCACUCCAGAAAAUUGGCUGCACUGUGCACUCCAAACAUCAUGCAAGCUCUCCUGGGACUCUAUUUGUUCUCUCUGCUUCUCACUAUAGGUGCCUCUUUGGAGUGUGAAACUUGCAUCGCCGAGGGUAAGACCUGUACUGGCCAAAAAGUGAAGUGUUCCGCUGGCUUAGAUACCUGUGCCACUGUUUUGACUGAAGUCACAGUAGGUUCUGUAACCACACAAGCCAUUGGAAAGGGCUGCUAUUUGAAAUCUGAGUGCAACAACGGAAAGACGGUUGAAGCAAAUGGAAUGACUAUUACUACAACAAUUAAUUGUAACAAUGCCUCCCCUCUGUCAGCUGCCUCCUUCCUCCUGGCUCUCUCCGGAGUGAUGCUGAUGAAGUUCCUCCUGUAAUG